CGUAAUCGAGUGGCCACGUUGCGACUCCUCAGCUACCUAAUUGCUCUCCUCUCCUCUCCUCUCCUCUUUGUCACUGUCAUCACAUUUCUCUUUCGCCCCUCUCCUCGCCGCGAUCCUCGUAAGCAAGUCUCUAGGGUUUCGUCUCGAUUCUUCCUUUCCUGAUGGAUAAAAGUUCCGAGUCUGAAUCAGAGGUUAGUGAGUCCGAGAUUGCUGACUACUCUGAGAAGCCUUACAAGCAACUGAGAGACGGAGAGUUGAAGGUCAAGCUAAAGUUGGACUCUUUCAAGUGCCCUUUCUGCUCUGGUAAGAAGAAGCAGCACUACAAGUACAAGGAGCUCCUCGCUCACGCCACCGGCGUCGCCAAAGGAUCCGCCGCUAGAAACUGUAAGCAGAAAGCUAAUCACUUGGCCUUGUCAAAGUACCUCAAGAACGAGCUCGCUGGCGACGCUGAGCCCCCGCGGCUUCAGCUUACAGUGUACUCGUCAAAGCAGAACCAAGCUGUUGUGAGUGACAUGUACGUCUGGCCUUGGAUGGGGAUUGUCAUCAGCCCGUUGAGAGGAAACGACGACAAGACUCUGCUUCUUGAUUCGGCGUAUUGGUUGAAGAAGCUCGCGAGGUUCAGACCUCUUGAGGUGAAGACCAUUUGGGUUGAGGAGGAUUCUGCGGUUGCUGUCGUCCCUAGGUUCAGCGGUGGUAUGGAUGGGUUCACGAGUGUUACAGAGCUUGAGAAGGAGUACGAGGUGAAGCGGUGCGGGAAGAAGGACUGGAGUUAUAAGACAGGAGACUGGAGGUUCAAGACUUAUGGGUGGUGCGCGCGUGGGGAUGAUUACAAUUGCCAAGGGUCGAUAGCUGAGUACCUGUCGACGGUGGGGAAGCUGAGAAGCUUCUCUGAUAUCUCCAAGGAGGAAAUGCAGAAAUCGAGUAUCGUUGUGGAUGAUCUAGCUGAUAAAAUUGCUAAGAAGAAUGAGGAUUAUAACCAGGUCCAGCACAAGUACAACGAGCAGAUCAUCUCUCUGCAGAGGCUUAUCAGGCAAAAAGACGAGCUUGACCAAACUUAUAAAGAAGAAACAAAAAGGAUGCAGGAGAUUUCGCAGCGCAACGUCUACAGGAUCUUACAAGAGAAAGAGAUGCUGAGCAAGAAACUGGAGGAUAGGAUGAAGGAUCUGGAUACUUGGUCCAAAGAAUUGGACAAGAAGCAAGCGUUAACUGAACUGGAGAGACAAAAGCUUGAGGAAGAGAAGAAGAAGAACGAUGCGGUGAACUCCUCUCUCCAGUUAGCUUCACUGGAGCAGAAAAGGACGGAUGAUCGUGUACUGACACUUGUGGAAGAACACAAGAGGAAAAAAGACGAGGCAUUGAACAAGAUCCGUCAGCUAGAGGAGGAGUUGAACAACAAGCAGAAACUUCAGAUGGAGAUUCAAGAGCUGAAAGGAAAGCUGAAAGUCAUGAAGCAUAGGGAAGAUGAAGAUGAUGAGGACGUUAAGAAGGAAAUGAAAAAGAUGAAUGAGGAGCUAGAGGAGAAGUGCUCUGAGUUGCAAGAUCUGGAGGAUACUAACUCGGCCCUCAUGAUAAAAGAAAGGCAAAGCAACGAUGAGAUACAAGAAGCACGUCAAGAAUUGAUUGGGGGGUUGAGUGGAUUGUUGAGUGAUCGAACCAACAUCAGAAUAAAGCGGUUGGGAGAACUUGAUGAAAAGCCAUUCUUGAAAGCAUGCAAGAAAAGAUUCAAAGGCGAAGAAGCUGAGGUGCAGUACGCCAUCCUUUGCUCAAAGUGGCAGGAAACCCUCAAGGAUUCAGGAUGGUAUCCAUUCAAACGCGUGGGGACUGAGGACAAAAUGAAGGAAGUGGUGGAUGAAGAAGAUGAGCAGCUUAAGAGCCUGAGAGAAGAGUGGGGUGAAGAAGUGUUGGAGGCAGUGAAGACAGCACUGGAGGAGCUGAAUGAGUAUAACCCAAGUGGGAGGUACUCAGUCCCAGCACUGUGGAAUUUUAAAGAGAAAAGAAAAGCAACACUGAAAGAAGUGAUCGAAUACAUGACGCUGCAGAUCAAGAAUCUCAAGAAUCUCAAACGCAAAAGAAAGGGAUAGGAAGCAGAGACGCUGGAGGAAGAAUGAAAACGUGGUCUUUUUAUUAAGAAAUUGAUAAUUUAAGAACCUAUGUUGUUUCCAACGAUCAAUAAUGUUCUUACAGUUUCACGGUGACAUUUGUCAGUGUUUUAGACUACAGUUUAUAAAAGUCCUAGCAGUUAAAUCUA